GAGAGAAAAAGGAAUCCUUUCAUUCACUCUCCCAUCAAUCCUUUCAUCAAAGUCUUCCUCUUUUUGCCUCUCCAAUUUUCUUUCUUUCUCUAGUCUCUAUCUUGUAUCUUACAAAUAUGGAAAUCUUUUGAUAUUUCAAUCACCAAUCCAUGCCCUUCUUUUCCUUCUCUUAUUAUUAAACCCUAAAAAAACCUCAAAAAAUAAUAAUUUAAUGGAUUCCUUUGCAGAAGUAGAGAGUUCCAACACCAUCAACAACAACAACAAUAAUAAUAUUAUGUCAUCAUCAUCAAGUCGAUAUGGGAAUCAGAAACGUCGUGAUUGGAACACUUUCGGUCAGUACCUUAAGAACCAUAGACCACCACUGUCUCUCUCCCGUUGUAGCGGAGCUCACGUCCUUGAAUUCCUCCGUUACCUCGAUCAAUUUGGCAAAACUAAAAUCCACACACCGAUAUGUCCAUUUUACGGCCUUCCAAAUCCUCCAGCACCUUGUCCAUGUCCACUUCGUCAAGCUUGGGGUAGCCUUGAUGCACUUAUUGGUCGUCUUAGAGCUGCUUAUGAAGAAAAUGGAGGAAAAUCUGAAAUGAAUCCUUUUGGUGCUCGUGCUGUUAGGCUUUACCUUCGUGAAGUUCGUGAUUUGCAGUCCAAAGCAAGAGGUGUUAGCUAUGAAAAGAAGAAAAGGAAACGACCACCAUCGUUACAAUUUUCUGGUGUUACUUCGCCAUCAGGAUCAGGAGGUAAUAAUAGAAGCAACAUUACUCAUGGAGUUUAGUUUAAAAUUUCAUGGUUUAGUACUACUAGUUAUUUUGAGGACACUACCUAGGGUUUGUUUAUUAAUAAUAAUAAUUGCGUACCGUCAAUUUCAUACGGUUUUAGCGUAUGAUAAUUUAUUAGUAAGAGUAGUAGUUGGAACUUGAUUGGAAGUACUAACAAGAGCAUGUAUAGUUCUUGUACUCAUGAAACUUGUAGUAGUAACUUAUGAAGACGCACGGUUAGACAGAGCACACUUUUUUUAUUAUUAUUUGUAUGUCUCUUAAUGUGCGGUGAGAUUCAAUCUCAACACCUCUAUCUGUUCUGAUAUCAUGUAAGAUUUUUGAGUAUGAUAAAACUUGGUUAUAUUUCACGGA